UAAUUUUUUCAUUAUUUGUAUAAGUAAUUUGUAAAUAACUCUAAAAAUUGCCACCAGGGGCGCCAGCAUGGGAACCAAACAACUAAUUUAAACUUUUCAACAGGUGCUCAAACAUGAAUUACGAGGGUGAAGUAACACACAUAAACGAAAAACUGUUAACGUUCACAUUGGAUAACAGAGUGCUCGUACAAUUGGGCAUCCUGGUGAACCAAAACCCUCGACAAAAACUGCCGAAACUGAACACGAACGUUAAAAUAACAAAGAGUCACUGUUAUCCUAACAUGACACACCCCAAAGAACUGAUGUUGUGUUGCUGUUCGACUUUAACAGGUGAUCUAAGUGAGCCCUACGACAAACGCAACAAGCUAAAAAGGAUUAUACAUGUUAACAAGCUCGGGGUUACUGACUUGUUGGAAAUCAGUUGUAAUUUGGCUGUGAUAAAAAAGUACUUCACAAAUCUGGUGGAGCAGUAUCAAAACGAGUUGAUACUCAACAUUCUUGAUAUAGUGGUGAAAACAACAAAGUUACAUGAUGCCACAACAGACAAACCGUGCAUGAACAAAAUUCUACCUCAGUUUAAUUUAAUCUCCGUGAGCAAUUGCAAAUUCAUUGACCUUAAGUCACACAAGUACAACUUUAAAGGCUGGUUCCAUGGUGUCCAUCGGAAAACUAGACAGUGUGAAUUUCUGGUUGGCUUCAUAACUGUUAGCAGCAGAUUUGGCUUGUUACAAAUUAAAGACUCAAUGCACAGCAUGUUUAUUGUCAUCAUGAACACAAGUGGUGAACAAUUGGAGGGAUUAAUAAACAAUUUUGUAUUGAUUAAAAACUUUAAAGUCAUUACAGAAUGUUAUUCAGACCCAACUGUGCAAAAUUAUGAGUUCGUUUUGGCUGAUUUUAAUGAAUUGUUCAUUGUAGACGUGAACAAAGAUGCCAAAAAAUUAAUUCACAAUGAAGUACCAGAAAAUUAUAAGUACAAAUAUGAAUUAAAGUUCAGAGUUUUAAACAUCAGUUUGGUACAAGUUUCAAUGGAUAAAAGUGAAGCAGAAUUUUGGAUUAAAGCCCAAGUUUUGGAACAAACUGGCGAAAAUUUGCCUGAGAAUUGUUUUCUGUGCUUUCCAACUAGUUUUGUCAAAGUAAGCCUGUUUGUAGACCAAUUACAGACUUACAGAAUAUUAUAUAAUACUUCAUUGAAAUUAAUUAGAAACAAAGAAAUAUCAAGGGUUAAUCCAGUGCUUCAGCAAUACGAAAUAGUGGACCAGGACUCUGUUUUAGUUAGGUCACACGAAACAUUAUCAAAAACCACAUUAAUGAACACACAGGAGUGUAUGGAAGAGAUCAAAAACAACGGCAAACUAAUAUCGUUCCAGGGCGUAGUUUACAACAAGUACUUUUCAGAUCCAUUGAGCUCCAGGACGAAGAAGCGGAACAUUUCGGGAUUCGGGACUCCAGGUAAACAAACAGCUCAGCUAAAGUUCAUUGAUGAGCUGACUCAAAAACCGAGCUUAAAACUCUUUCUUAUUAACUGGGAAGGUUUGCUCACACCUUUGGGGUUGAUCCCCUACAUGAGGAUAGGUGUGAGAAACGUUACGACCCAAUCCAACUCGUAUUUGAAACCUACGGCGUUUACAAGGCUAGAAAUUUUGUCUUAUGAGCCUGUUACGCCUUUUAACACUGCGAAUUUGCGUUAUGACGGUGACUAUUUGGAUUGGGGGCAGCCCUAUUUCCUGGGGUUGGGUGCUAGCAUUCCCAAUAAUUGUGUGGUUUGGGGUAGGGUUAAUAAUUUGAUUGUUGUUAAUGUUAAAUUGUCUUACGACUGUGAGAAUUGCGGUGGUUGCUGCAAGAAAGGUUGCACAAUUGAUCCCAGCCAAUUGGACGUAUACAUUAGUAUGUUUGCGAACGACGAGACGGGCCACUGUAAAAUCAGUUCCAAAAGUCAGGAUGUGUUGAUGGUGUUGUUGGGUUUGAACAGGAAUCAAUUUAAGGUUUGGUUGGAGGCGUUUGCCCAAAUUGGACAGUUUAACUAUGAAAAAUUUGGUGUUAAUGAUUAUAAGGAUAAGAAAUUCGACAGACAGGCUUUUAAAAAGGCUUUGAUCGAAGUUUUCGAUACCAGAAACGAGAGAGAUUUGAUGAUUUUUGGGAUGAAGUGUAUUAAAAUUAACAAUGACAAAAAGGGGAUGUCUGAAAGACCAGCAUGGUUUUGUGUGGAUAUUAAAGAAAUGUGAACUGUAUUUUAUUCUAUUUAUUUGUAAUUAUUUAAUAAAGUUUUUAUACGUACUCUA